GUCGGCGCAGAUGGCCUGCCCGUUGCGCAUCCAGCCGUUUUCCCCCCUCCGCAGGCCUUUCCCGUCAAUGCGCAUCCGUCUGCUUCGACCGCCGCCCUGAUGCAAGAGAUCGUCGGCGCGGCGUUACGGCCGAUGAUGGCAGCCAUCGACACGUGCGCGGCGCGCGUGCAAGGCAUUGACGCCAGGGUGUCCGCCUUGACGGAAGCGUUUUCUCUAAUGCCAAAGCAAGAUUCCACUUGGAAGCGGAAGGAGCUCGAGGCGGUAAAAAAGAUGAUCGAAGAUGCCGUCAACGCGCGUACGGGGCCAACUGUUGCACUUAUGAGCGGAAUCGACAGCAUAGGGCGCGUGCUCGGUGCCACGGACGAGGACGACGGGACUGCGAAUAAGUCGAUCUUGGACAGAAUCGCGGCGAUUGAGGAUGGGUUAAACAAGACGGUGGAGGAAGUGAAAGAUCUGGACGUUCUUCGCGAAAUGCUCGCAAAUCGGAAUGCCCGACAUGCGUCCAUUACUGCUGGUGCUACCUACGCGGAAGCGGGGACAAGCGCCCGAUCAUCCCCGCCACCCCGAGAUUUCAUCGAGAUUGGCGUCAAUACGAUGCACCUGGCCGCUCCUCCGCUCACCGACCCGCAAAGACGUACAGACUGCGCUGUUCAAACAGACCUUAUCCCCACAUUACCUGCGGCUUCGGCGUUGCACACAUCUGCUGCGCAACUCAGCGCUCCGGCAUCGGAAGAGCCCUACGUCAUGCAGGUCGACGAUGAUUAUGGCCACACCUCCCCUCUGCAGGUUUCGACGCGAUUGGACGAUGAUGGCAAUGUACCCUCCGUAGCGCACGAGGGAUUCGCUCCGACUUCCGUUCGUCCCUCCGCUGUUGGACCUGUUGCAGGCUCUGGGAUGCAAGGCCCCAGCUCGCCAAUGAGUCCCAGUAUCUCACCUCUAAACACUGGUGACCUCAUUGCUGAAACUGGUGUAGACGCGCCCCUUGUGCCUCUGAACAUCCCGGAACGCGUCCCGAGCUCGGUAUCAGGAGAGGAACCGGUGGACGAGAGCUUGAUGUACCCCGACGAUGAGCCCGUUCAAGUCGUUCGCCCCGAGCCGCAGCCUGCGCCGCUCGGCGGUGACUCCGAACGUUUCCGCCGCCUGAUAUCUAAGGUCGCAUCCUGGGCAACAGCGGCGUCGACGCCGGCACCGGGAUCUGCAUUGGCAGAAUUUGCGGAGGGAAUGCAGGAGUGUCAGGCGUCAACGCGUGUUCCCUCGCCGCAGCCUAAACCAGUGACCGGACUUCCCUCGCCCCCGAUCACUCGAGGGCCAACGUCAGCCUCGCCCGAGGUGCAGCCAUCUCCCGACGACACGAUAGAGGACUGGAAUGAGCUGCUCGGCACUGCGUCCACCUCUGUGACUCCUACACCUGACGAUGUGGUCCCUGAGACGUCCCUCAUUGAGUCGGUCUCGAUACACGAGAUGAGCAAAACCGAGUCCAUUGAGGAGUAUCCGCCCUCUAUCUCUGUGGGCUCCUCUACCCGUCCCGAACCCGCCACGCCGGAUGGUCCGGACAUGCACUCGCUCUCCUCGUUGUCGGACCUCACGGAUAUCGAGGAUGAUCAGCCGCUUGCGUCGAUCUCCGCACCGCUCCCGGCCCGGCCGCGUAAGCGGAGGCGCACCGACGAGGUCUUGGUCUUGUCCAGCAGCAACAUCUCCCUCUCCGGUAGGGCUCGGAAACCCGUGCGGCGCGAAGGCUCGGAGGGCUCAUGCAAGCGCUGCAGGACAAACCACCUACAGUGCGACGCGAACGUGACGGGCUGCGCGAAGUGCCGGCAGAGCGGUGAACUCUGCGUGAGGGAUUACAGCGGACCGCAACCCAAGCGCCGGCGAGCACAGGCGGUCAAACCGAUUUCAGCGUCUCCUUCGGUCGCAUCGAUCAGGUCUUCUGGUUCGAACACUCCAGCGGCGAGCAAAGUCCGGAAGAAGGCAGCAUCUUUCAGCGCUCGCGGGUCGAAGGUGCAAUGGCCUACGGUCGUGAAGCUGGAGAACGACAUCUGUCGAGAAUUCAUCGGUUGCGAUAAAUGCUUGUCCUGGUAUCACAAUGCGUGUGUCGGGAUCAUGCCUAACGAUAUACGCUUGGAUGAAGACGCUACGUUCUUGUGUCCGCCAUGCGAAGCUGGAGUCCGCGCCUCCAGCAAACCGACGAACGACGAGUUCUACUGUGCUAGACCCGACUGCGAAGCUCCAACGAAUGAGGGGGAAUACGUGGUUGAGGCUAUCGUCGGAAGACGACUCGAUCGCACAUCGGAGGACACAAAAUCCCCGCAAUACAUCUGGCUCGUCCUUUGGGACGGCUACUCCAUAUCCUACGCCACCUGGGAAACGGAUGUUCCGAAUCUGGAGCGGCAUGUCGCGAAGUUCGAGGCUGCCCUCCGGAAGGAACGUAUCACCUGGACGCCUUGGACGGACGGGUUGUUGCUUCGUGUGGCGGUGGACGGAGGAUGGAAGCCGUCUGGCUCAAAAAAAUGAGGCUUCUGAUUGGCCUUGUCCCGAUCAGCCAGGAUAUUUGAGCGUGUCCCAGACACGUACACGGCAGAGAUUCUUACGGUGUGGUGUCUCAGUAGAUACGGCAACCUUUGAAGCUAUCGUUUGCCUUCAGUACUCUACGCUUUCAUCCGGUGCAAAUAUAUUCCGAUGA